AGCAGAGAAACUUUUACAUCAUCAUCUCUGUGAAUAUACGUACUGAGAGAAAGAUUAAAAUGAUGGGUUUCUCUCGAGAGUUGGUGGGAAUUUGGUUAAAGCUCUAUGUGGUGGUUGGAUCUUUAAUGGUUCUUGAGGUAGUAGUGGUGAUGAAGGCACAGCCAUUGGUUCCAUCGAUGUUCAUAUUUGGUGAUUCGGUGGUUGAUGUUGGAAACAACAAUCAUAUAUACACAAUCGUUAAAGCUAAUUUCCCUCCUUAUGGAAGAGAUUUCACAACCCAUAAACCCACCGGAAGAUUCUGCAAUGGAAAAUUGGCUACUGACUUCACCGCUGAGAAUCUUGGGUUCACAUCAUACCCACAAGCUUAUCUAAGCAAAAAGGCAAAAGGCAGAAACCUUUUGAUUGGAGCUAACUUUGCAUCUGCAGCUUCUGGUUACUACGAUGGCACAGCCAAGCUCUACAGUGCAAUAUCGUUGCCGCAACAGCUGGAACAUUACAAAGACUAUAUUAGCCAAAUCCAAGAACUCGCAAAUUCGAACAAUAGUAAAAAUGCUAACGUCACUUCCAUAAUUUCCGAUGGCAUUUAUAUCGUCAGCGCGGGGAGCAGUGACUUUAUACAAAAUUACUAUAUUAACCCUCUCCUCUACAAAGCCCAGUCAUCUGAUGAGUUCUCCGAUCUCCUUAUCCUCUCCUACUCCAAUUUCAUUCAGAAUUUGUAUUCUUUAGGAGCAAGAAGGAUCGGAGUGACGGCGCUUCCGCCGUUGGGAUGUUUACCGGCGGCCAUAACGGUGGCGGGGCCACACGAGGGUGGAUGCUCAGAGAACCUUAACAACGACGCAAUCUCCUUCAACAACAAACUCAAUACGACGUCGCAGGCUCUCAAGAGAAACCUCAUUGGACUCAAUUUGGUCGUCUUUGAUAUCUAUCAGCCUCUUUAUGAUCUCGCCACCAGGCCAUCCGAAUUUGGAUUUGCAGAGGCAAGAAGAGCAUGUUGUGGAACAGGACUACUAGAGACAUCAAUACUGUGUAACCCUAAAUCACUAGGAACAUGUAACAAUGCAUCUCAGUAUGUCUUUUGGGACGGAUUUCACCCAACAGAAGCUGCUAACAAGAUUCUUUCAGACAAUCUCUUGAUCUCUGGCAUCUCUCUCAUCUCCUAAUGAUCCCUCUUCUCUCUCUCUCUACUUUCCUCUCAAGAUCAUUGUUGCUUUUGACUAUUAUGGCUUAAGAUUGUAUUUUUCACUAUCUGCUGUUGUUUUGCCCAUUUGAAUUCAAGAAUGAAUCGAGAUUUAUAUCUAAAAAC